AUGUAUUUUUCCCAGGAAGAAAAGGCCUUCUACAAUGAUGUAAUGCAGGAAAAUUAUAAGACUGUCAUCUUUCUAGUAUAUUAUAAAUAUGAUGCUGGAUCUGGGAGUCUGUCCAUUUAA